AUGCGCACUUUGGCCUUACUAAUCGCAGCUGGUGGAGCAUCCAAUGCGUGGGCGAUGCUGGACGCCCGCUCGGUGCUGCGGGGCAGCAAUCGGCGCCUGAGCACCGCCAAUUUCGAGGAGAUAAAGCUUGCGGCCGCCGAUGCUGCGGCGGACGACCAGUUCGGCAUCUCCGUGGCCAUCGACGGAGACACCGUGGUUAUAGGCGCCCCCGGCGCUGGCACCGGUGGCGCGGUCUACGUCCUCCGCACGAGCGACGGCGGCGCCACGUAUGAUGAAGUGGCCAAGCUGACGGCCGCCGACGCCGCGGCGGACGACUGGUUCGGCUACUCCGUGGCCAUCAACGGCGACACCAUCGUGGUCGGUGCCCAUUGGGAUGACGGCUACACGGGCUCGGUCUACGUCUUCCGCACGACCGACAGCGGCGCUACGUACGGACAAGUGGCCAAGCUGACUGCCAGCGACGCUGCAGCAGAUGACCAGUUCGGCGGCUCCGUGGCGAUCGACGGCAACACCAUCGUGGUUGGGGCCUACGGCAAGGUCGACUCCACGGGCGCAGUCUACGUCUUCCGCACGAGCGACGGAGGCGCCACGUACGAUGAAGUGGCCAAGCUGACGGCCUCUGACGCCGCGGCGGAUGACUACUUCGGCUACUCCAUGGUCAUGGAUGGCGCCACCAUCGUGGUUGGGGCCUUCGGCGGGGAAGCCGCCUACGUCUUCCGCACGACCGACGGCGGCGCCACGUACGGCCAGGUGGCCAAGCUGACUUCAAGCGAUGCCGGGUGCAGCUGCGUCGAUGGCGGUGGCGCCUACUUCGGCUACUCCGUGGCCAUCGACGGCGCAAGCGUCGUGGUCGGCGCCCACUACGUAUCAGUCAACGGCUCCCCGGGGUCGGGCGCGGCCUACGUCUUCCGCACGAGCGACGGCGGCGCCACGUACGGUCAGGUGGCCGAGCUGACCGCUAGCGACGCUACGACGUUCGACUACCUUGGCACAUCUGUGGCGAUCGACGGGGACACCAUCGUGGUCGGGGCCAAGGGAGGCUGGGCCUCCGGCCCGGGCUCGGUCUACGUCUUCCGCACGACCGAUGGCGGCGCCAUGUACGGCCAGGUGGCCAAGCUGACGGCCUCGGAUGGCGCGGCGGAAGAUGCCUUCGGCAUUUCCGUGGCCAUCGACGGCAGCACCAUCAUGGUCGGUUCCUGGCAAGACAGUCACGAUGGCGGCGCAUACUCGGGCUCGGCCUACGUCUUCUCGCCUCCAGCUCCUACGGCGCAGCCAACGCCCCGUCCGACGUUUCAGCCGACGACGCCCCAGCCAACGACGUCGCCCCAGCCAACGAUGUCGCCCAAGCCCACUCCCCAGCCCACAACGCCCCAGCCCACGCCCCAGCCCACAACGCCCGCGCCAUCGACCGCGGCGCUUGAGUCAGAUUCGGCGACGCGUGCGGGCACGCUUGCGACGGUCCUCGGUGUCGUCGCCGCGACCGCGCUUGCUCUGUAG